GGACCUUGCUAAAAUUUCUUUCUUUCGGGUUUCUGUUGGCGCUACGCCAACUGUCCUCCGUCCCGCUAGGUGGCAGCACUGCAUUAGUUAAUGACACUGAGCUGUGUUUGCGGAAGUACUCACACUGUGAAGAUCGCAUGUGAAGUCAGAACCAGGCAUUGAGCUUUAGUCAAGGUCUCGUGUUUAUUCUAAGAUAAGAUAAACGCACGCUUUGUAUUAAUACAAAAAUAUUCUCCGUUCAUGCCGUCUUAGUUUUUGCCGACUGACAAAAUCAAAUCUUUUUGCUAGUAUUGCAUUCUAAUGAAGCCCGUCCGUCUAUGAGCAUGGCCCGACCUCUUCAGGUCUGUCGCCUCCUCCUUAGGUUUCCUGCUCGCUCUUUGGUUUCCCCCGCUUGUUUAAACGGCGUCAGAUUCUCCAGCAGAGGCAACAGCAAAACCUGGGUGGGACAGAACCAUGUGAGCGGAGACAGGACCAGAUCACAAAUGUCCAGAUUCAACGAUGACGUAGAGCCUGAGCUGGAGGGGCUGGAGGAUAAGCUCCAGGCUGUGCUGGACAAGGAGAAAAAGAGACAGCGAUCAGUGAAGUUUAAUAUGAUAAGAAGGAACAUGACUCCACCAGGAGCCCCCCAGAGGAAACUAACGUGGGAUGCUAUUGAGCAAAUAAGAUAUUUGAAGCAAGAGCAUCCAGAGGAGUGGACGAUAGAGCGCCUGGCUGAGGGCUUCUAUGUCCCCCAAGAAGUCAUCCUCAGGGUCCUGAAGAGCAAGUUUACCCCCUCUCCCAACAGAAAAGUCAAACAGGAUGCUAAAGUGAUGGUUAGACUCAGCCAGCAGGCGUUACCUUCUGAUAGCAGGAGGCAGGAGAACAAACUGAAGCUUCCUCAAAGUCAAACACCAGCCACACUCAUACCUGGGCAGGCAGAAGGUGCUCUGAUUUCGGCGACUGCUCCGGCUGAGGUGAUUCAAAGUAAAGGUUCAGCAUCUCUUGUUCCUGUUCAGCCUCCAAAGCUGCCAGCUGGGACUUACAAAGAGAGUAGAGUGAUGGAGUCAACGGUAGGCGGGGAUGGUUUUGGUACAGAGGAAACAGAGGAGAAUGAGGAGUGGGAGGAGAGCUGGGACGGGCAGGUUCUGACAGAGGAGGAACUUGAGGAGAUUCUGGACAUGGAUAAACCCGCGCCUGUGGUGCAGGUGGGGAGCGAUUUCUUUGAUGCAGAGGGAAACUUUUUGUAUAGAACCUGAGUUGAAAUGCUGAAUGAAUAUGAUGUGUACACUGAAAUUAAUUAAAUCAUUUUCUUAGAAAUGAUCAAAAUCUAUGGAAUUAGAAUUUUACAUUGAAGCCAUUUUUUUUUUUUAAAUAUAUAUUUUUUUCAUGUUACAGAAUAUGCGAAAGGGUAUUUUUGACAUGAGAGAAAAUGUUAAACUAUUCAGCCUGAGGGAAAACAGGCUGUUAUCUCUACUUUAAUUUCCCCAUCCAGUAGCACCAGAUGGCGGUGUUUUGCUCCAAAACUAUUAAAUGUCAUUCUUAAAUUUCCCCACUCAAAUCUAAUUUUUUAGCUUCAUUUGGACUGAGGCCAAAUAAAUCUAACAAACUAUUACAGAGUCAGGAUCAGAGAUUAAUGAGUAUGUUUAAGCAUUUGCAUGUCUCAACCUCAUCAGGGUUUUAUAAGACACUUUGAAAUACAUUAUUCAGACACACUCAUUCAGAGCUCCUUGUAUUGUGCUACACUCAUAUCAAUAUAAUUUAUCGCAGGAAGAAGUCACAGCAGCAACUUCAGUCUGAGGCAGCAUAACCACAUCCUGCAGGUGUUGUGUUAAAUUUGGCUACCUGCAGAAAUAUCCAGUUGCUAAAGUGCAACUUGAUUUCUGCAUGCUUGCUGAAAGCAAUCAGUGGCGUAGGAGUUCAUUUUGGAGUAUCAUAAUAAAUGGUGUCGAGUAUAAAUGCAUGCCAUCCUUCAGAUUUCAAAUUCUAUUUCUUCCGUUUUAAAAUACACUUUUCAUUGUGGCCGAUUACAUAAAAUCUCAAAUUACAGUGAAAGUUGUGAUUGUAAUGUCAAAUACAGAUUUAGUUUUUACAUACAAGCUAUUUGUCAAAGUGCAAUAGAGGGUUUCAAUGUCCAAAACCAAAAAUGCAACCCUUGCUACUAGUCAAUGCAGAUACAAUGCAUUGACUAGUAGCUGACUUCUGUGUGCAUUUCUGCUCCAAUAAGGUUUUUAAAUGAGCAUAAUGUCAAUAUGGAGUCUAUGCCAUCAACUGUCGACAGUGACACAAAAAGAAAACUUUAAAGAACUUAAAGUGCAUUUAAGACUUUAGAAACAUUUAAUUCCAGUAUACAGGAUUUUAAACCAUUAAUAAACUAUUUUUAAAAGUUUGUAUUCACAUGAAAUGACAAGUAAACACAAAAAAGAGGAACAUGACUUUAUUGCCAAACCCAAAGAAAAUAGCCUCCAAUAUACAGAAAAGAGACACAGCAGUUACAAAUGUUCAAACUUGAAUAUUUACACAACCAAUCAGAAAGACUCUUUAAAAUCGAUACAUCAGUUCGAAAAUGCCAGGAAAACGUGUUUUCUUCAAGACAAUGCAGUAAAGCUUCAUUAAAUAGGUCUCAUUUUCCAGUGUAAUGCAGCUACAUAGUAACCCUUUUCUCUUUUGAACUUAAUUUCUUGUCAAACCGUCUCAGCCAGAACCAAUUUUAAUAUCGGCCCCCAAAAAUAGUUUUUUGCUUAAAAACCUUUUUAGAUUUAAGUAUCAUUCACAUUUUUUACAUGCAGUUUAGCACUAACCUGUAUAAAAUAGAUAUAUUUACUGCUCCCGGAGUCUUUGUCGGGGUAAUAAAUGCAGCUUGGAUUCGUCACCGACAUUAACCGUUAAAACUAAUAAGAUGGUGGACGCCGGCCACAUGUCAGAUUAUCACACCAGGCACUUGUUUAACCACAUCCAAUUUACUGCACUCUACACCAGCUGGUCAUAAAUAAUGUAAACCUAUAAAGUAUUUAAAACAAGACUGUGCGAAAAUGUUUUUAAGACAAAUCAGAAACGUGGUUGACACGGUUACAGAUAAAACAGUGUAAAAGACACAACCAGAAACAAACAUUAACAUUUGUAUUGCAGCUCAUCCAACCCCUACCAGGCUACAGCAGUAAUUAUGCUUUACAACAUUUACACUAUUAAUUACCUUCUUUGCAUUGCUGUUAUGUUUUCAUCACCAAUUAGUUUUUUAUGCAUUUGGUUUUCUAGUUAAUGCAAAAGAUAUGUCGUAUUUUGUAGAAGUUAGUAUAAAAACUGCUCAGAUUAUUACAAACACAGGUAUAUAGGAUUACAGCGAUCACUACCGUUACAACAGGUCUCGUUUAGGAAAAAAAUGAUCGACAAAUGCCGAACAUACAAGGGGGCUUUUUGUGCUUUCAGUAGUUAGAACUGCAGUCUGAGCUUCAAUCACAUCCUGGACGUUGAUGCUUCUUUUGCUCGGACGAACAAGACAACUAACAGCUCUAAGAGAUGUUCUGUCAUGCAUGGACGAUGUCUUAAAUAUACAAAAUCUUCACAGGUUAUUGCUAUCAAACCUCAUAGAGAUGCCUUAUUAUGAGAGAUGCACCGAUCAAUCGGCAAGGGACCAGAAUCGGGCCGACGCUCCGAUUGGUGAUUCGUAAAGCAGAUGCUGAAAAAACAUGAUUUCCUACUUUCCCUAUUAAAUGCGUCAAAUCUAAAAAUUCCCAUAAUUUACGGCCAAUGAAUAUAUCAGUCAAGAGCAUUCAAUGUAAUGUCUUUACUAAAAAUGAGAAAUAAAAGUAAAAUAUGCUUAAAUGUGGAUAAUAUAAUUUCUUUAUUUUUUGUUGGAUUAAAUAUUUCCACCUCUUAAAUAAAACUACAGUAAAUCUACUAACUUAUGUAAUGUAGUCAUUAAACUGGGGGUGGGGGGAUAGGGAUCAGUCAAAAUUGGAAAAUAAGAAUCAGUAUUGGCCAGGAAAACUGAUCGGUGCAUCUCUUCUUAUUACUUCACCGCAAUGCAAAGAUCUACAUACUUGUACUCCAAGAACACAGAGAAAUGUGGAAGAUUUCACCAACGGGUGAAAUUUCUAUUAACAUGGAAAGAAUUUGGGGAAAUACUUUGACAAAAGAAGGGAUUAAGACUCAACUCAUCUGUGAGAAUUCAUAUUAGCUAGAGGCCAGUUGUGGCCCUUUAGUCAAUCACCAAACUGAUAUCUGACCGAAACCGUUAAAGAAAAACGUAUUUAUGUACAAGGUUGUGAUGAAAACAAAGACAAAUUUUCAAAAGUGAAAAAAAAGAAAA